GACUUCUUCUAGUUUAAACUGUGUACGAGCGAAUCUUAAGAAUUAGGAAGGGCUCAUAGAUAUCAUUGUUUUCUCGGAGAAAUAGUAGAAAGCAAGAGUGGAAUCAAAGAUUUUCCAGAAGAAACGAACUAGUGAGGGUUUGUUUUGAGUAAUAUAGAUUAAAGUGGUGAUCGUGCUUGAUAUUGAAGAAGAUAAUUUUCAUCGAGACUUUCUCAUUAUUUUUUACCUCAUUUUUUCUUUAGUCUACUAAAUUUGUGAAAGAGACGACUCUCGUCUUACCUUCUUCUCAAACUAAACGUUGUUUCUAAAAAAAAAUAGAGAUUCAGAUGGACAAGAUGCUCGCCGAAGAAUUCCAAGAUGAUUUCCCUAUGGAAAUUGAAAUCAAUCCGACCGGUGAAAAGAGUUCGAAUCUCGAUUUGAACCUGAAACUUUCACCGCCAAAGGAGAACAAAUCUGCAGACGAGUCGAUGAUGAAGAUGAUGAUGAUGCUAACGUCGUCGUCGUCGUCGUCCUACUCCGGAUCCUCCCCCUCCUCGUCGCCAUUGCCGUCGUCGUCUGGAAGCUCGUGCACAUCCUUGGAUCCGAAUCCGUACGAAGCCUUCCUCAACUUCAAUGAUCAGCCGGAGGAGGCGUCGCUGGUUCUGAUGGGUUGUCCUCAUUGCCUAUUGUAUGUGAUGGUUUCAGAGAUUGACCCAAAGUGCCCUAAAUGCAAGAGCCCUGCGUUGAUGGACUUCUUCCGUGGAAACGCAUACUAGGAAAUCAUCAAUGGUGCUUGGUGUUUAAUGAACUCUAGCUUGCUUGUAAUAUGUUCUUCCUUUAAUUUGCUAUUACAAAAUAUCAGCUCUCGUUGUGUGUCUUUACUUAAUUGCAAGACUUUGUUUUCUUUUGUUUCUUCAUUUGGAAGUGAGAAAAAGUGCUUGUUCUUAAUAUAGUCAAUCUAGUUGCCCUC